GACGUGCGGGGCGUGGGCGGGGCCAGCACGCAGGUUGCAUAUUUUAGGAAGUGAGGAGGAGGCGCGGGCUGGAGCUGCGGCGGGGUCUGGGGCGCUGAGGAGCGGCGGGAGGAGGCGGACACGUGGCAGCAGCAGCGGUAGCAGCCCGGCGGCGGCAGCGGCGGCAUCGGCCCGACCGCCGGCCGUCCUCCCCCCCGACCGCCCCGCGACAACCCUAGCUCCCUCGUCGCUCCGCUGGCCGCGAGCUGCUCUCUUCUUUUCUCUCUGAUUCUCAAGCGGCGAGACCCCGCGCCGGGCACCAACCACCGCCACCAUGGGGAAAGGGGUUGGACGUGAUAAAUAUGAACCCGCAGCCGUGUCGGAUCAUGGCGACAAAAAAAAGGCCAAGAAAGAAAGGGAUAUGGAUGAACUCAAGAAAGAAGUUACUAUGGAUGACCAUAAACUUAGCCUUGAUGAACUUCAUCGCAAAUACGGAACAGACUUGAGCCGAGGCUUAACCACUGCUCGAGCUGCUGAGAUCCUGGCCCGUGAUGGUCCCAACGCCCUCACCCCCCCUCCCACCACUCCAGAAUGGGUCAAAUUCUGUCGGCAGCUUUUUGGGGGGUUCUCAAUGUUACUGUGGAUUGGAGCGAUUCUCUGUUUCCUGGCUUAUGGCAUCCAAGCUGCCACGGAAGAGGAACCUCAAAAUGAUAAUCUGUAUCUCGGUGUGGUGCUGUCUGCUGUCGUCAUCAUAACGGGUUGUUUCUCCUACUAUCAAGAAGCUAAAAGUUCAAAGAUCAUGGAAUCCUUCAAAAACAUGGUUCCGCAGCAAGCCCUGGUGAUUCGAAACGGUGAAAAAAUGAGCAUAAAUGCAGAGGAAGUCGUCGUCGGGGAUCUGGUGGAAGUGAAAGGAGGCGAUCGCAUCCCCGCUGAUCUCAGAAUUAUAUCCGCAAACGGCUGCAAGGUGGAUAACUCCUCGCUCACCGGUGAAUCGGAACCCCAGACCAGGUCUCCGGAUUUCACAAAUGAGAACCCGCUGGAGACAAGGAACAUUGCUUUCUUCUCCACCAACUGCGUUGAAGGCACUGCCCGGGGCGUCGUCGUGUACACUGGGGACCGCACCGUGAUGGGAAGAAUUGCCACCCUCGCUUCUGGGCUGGAAGGGGGCCAGACUCCCAUCGCCGCAGAAAUUGAGCAUUUUAUCCACCUCAUCACGGGUGUGGCUGUGUUCCUGGGGGUGUCCUUCUUCAUCCUUUCGCUGAUCCUCGAGUAUACCUGGCUCGAGGCUGUCAUCUUCCUUAUCGGCAUCAUUGUAGCCAAUGUGCCAGAAGGUCUGCUGGCCACUGUCACGGUGUGUCUGACCCUUACUGCGAAACGCAUGGCCAGGAAGAACUGCUUAGUGAAAAACUUAGAGGCUGUGGAGACCCUGGGGUCCACGUCCACCAUCUGCUCGGAUAAAACUGGAACCCUGACUCAGAACCGGAUGACGGUGGCCCACAUGUGGUUUGACAAUCAGAUCCAUGAAGCCGACACGACGGAGAAUCAGAGUGGUGUCUCAUUCGACAAGUCUUCAGCCACCUGGCUCGCUCUGUCCAGGAUUGCUGGUCUUUGUAACAGGGCCGUGUUCCAGGCCAACCAGGAAAACCUACCUAUCCUUAAGCGGGCAGUUGCGGGCGACGCCUCGGAGUCAGCACUCUUAAAAUGUAUUGAGCUGUGCUGCGGUUCUGUGAAGGAGAUGAGGGAGCGAUACGCCAAAAUUGUGGAGAUCCCCUUCAAUUCCACCAACAAGUACCAGCUGUCCAUUCAUAAGAACCCCAACACGUCUGAGCCCCGACACUUGCUGGUGAUGAAAGGUGCUCCGGAGAGGAUCCUGGACCGUUGCAGCUCCAUCCUGCUGCACGGCAAGGAGCAGGUCCUGGACGAGGAGCUGAAGGACGCCUUCCAGAACGCCUACCUGGAGCUGGGCGGCCUGGGCGAGCGAGUGCUAGGUUUCUGCCACCUCUUCCUGCCGGAUGAACAGUUCCCCGAAGGGUUCCAGUUUGACACUGAUGACGUGAAUUUCCCUGUUGAAAAUCUCUGCUUCGUUGGGCUCAUCUCCAUGAUUGACCCUCCGAGGGCUGCUGUCCCCGACGCCGUGGGCAAGUGUCGGAGUGCUGGAAUUAAGGUCAUCAUGGUCACCGGAGACCAUCCGAUCACAGCCAAAGCCAUUGCCAAGGGUGUGGGCAUCAUCUCAGAGGGCAAUGAGACUGUAGAAGACAUCGCCGCCCGCCUCAACAUCCCAGUGAGCCAGGUGAACCCCAGAGAUGCCAAGGCCUGCGUGGUCCAUGGAAGCGACCUGAAGGACAUGACCUCCGAGCAGCUGGAUGACAUUCUGAAGUACCACACAGAGAUCGUGUUUGCCAGGACUUCUCCUCAGCAAAAGCUAAUCAUUGUGGAGGGCUGCCAGCGACAGGGUGCUAUUGUAGCUGUAACUGGCGACGGUGUAAAUGACUCUCCGGCUCUGAAGAAGGCGGACAUUGGGGUUGCCAUGGGAAUUGCUGGCUCCGACGUGUCUAAGCAAGCUGCCGACAUGAUUCUCCUAGAUGACAACUUUGCUUCAAUUGUGACUGGAGUAGAGGAAGGUCGUCUGAUCUUCGAUAACUUGAAGAAAUCCAUUGCCUACACCCUAACCAGUAACAUUCCAGAGAUCACCCCCUUCCUGAUAUUUAUUAUCGCCAACAUUCCACUACCCCUGGGGACAGUCACAAUUCUCUGCAUUGACUUGGGCACAGACAUGGUUCCUGCCAUCUCCCUGGCCUAUGAGCAAGCUGAGAGUGACAUCAUGAAGAGACAGCCCAGAAACCCUAAAACGGACAAACUCGUGAACGAGCGGCUGAUCAGCAUGGCCUAUGGACAGAUUGGUAUGAUCCAGGCCCUGGGGGGCUUCUUCACUUACUUUGUGAUUCUGGCUGAGAACGGCUUUCUCCCGAUUCACCUGCUGGGCAUCCGCGUGGACUGGGAUGACCGCUGGGUCAAUGAUGUGGAGGACAGCUAUGGGCAGCAGUGGACCUACGAGCAGAGGAAGAUCGUGGAGUUCACCUGCCACACCGCCUUCUUUGUCAGCAUCGUGGUGGUGCAGUGGGCCGACUUGGUCAUCUGUAAGACCAGGAGGAACUCGGUCUUCCAGCAGGGCAUGAAGAACAAGAUCUUGAUAUUUGGCCUCUUUGAAGAGACGGCCCUCGCUGCUUUCCUUUCCUACUGCCCCGGAAUGGGUGUUGCCCUAAGGAUGUACCCCCUCAAACCUACCUGGUGGUUCUGUGCCUUCCCCUACUCGCUUCUCAUCUUCGUGUACGACGAAGUCAGGAAACUCAUCAUCAGGCGAAGCCCUGGAGGCUGGGUGGAGAAGGAAACCUACUAUUAGACCCCCGUCCUGCACGCCACAGAGCAUCAUGCCUCACACUCUGCACCCCUCACCCGCCCCCUCUGUGUACUUCAGUCUUGGAAUUUGGAAUUCUACCCUGGUAUGAAAGCACCGAAGCAUGUGGGGAAAGCCAGACGUCCCCGAAUGAAGCAUGUAGCUAUAUGGGGGGGGGGAGGGGGGGCUGCCUGACAAACAUCCAUCUGUGGGAAUGACAGUGGGGAAGGUUUUUAUGUGCCUUUUUGUUUUUGUAAAAAGGAAAACUCGGAAAGACUGAAAGAAUACAUUUUAUAUCAGGAUUUUUACAAAUAAAGAUGGCUAUUAUAAUGGAA